AACCUUUUGAUAGUUGAAGCUUCGGCUGUUGUAAGAUUUCGAAGUCUAGAUUCUUUCUUGAAUGUUAUUUUAACUGGAUUUUAUCACCACGAUACUAUCCAAGAAUUAAACUUACCUGAAUUUGAAGAUAAGGAUGUAAUUCUCACUACUGAGAAUUUUCAAAUUGUUGAAGGCACAGGCUAA